AUGUAUGUGGACAAGAGGUAUUACCCCUGUGUGGUGCUCAGUGAAAGUGGUAAGUUUGCACAGCUUUUACUUCGGUUAAGGUAAUAAGAAACCAUCCAAGCAUUUUCUAGGGAACUUCACACUCUUUCUAUAAGGGUAAGUGAAAUAUCAGGGGUAAAGACAAUUAGUGAAAGCUGAUCCUGCCACCUUUAAAUAGGUGCAAAGGUAAGCAUAGACUUAAGACCACUAGUAUAAGACAUAGGACUUUGCAUGUGACCAUGCACGCAAGGAAGAAUUUAUGGUUGUUGCUAAAAUGUGCCCUAAUUUCAGGUUAGAUAUGCUCCAAGGCCUUAAACAUUGCAUUGUUUUUUCCUGGGUGAAGGGUUUGUCAGGGUCUCUAUAAUCCACAAUUAGAUACUAAGAUGUUGGAUUGAAAAGGGGUCCUGUUUUGAAUGUUACUGAGUAGAUAAUUGAAUCAAGACUUGUUAUUAAAAUGUAAUAACUUGUAUUGUACCUUUUAAAAGACUGUUAUUAAGUAGAACCAAGGGCUUGGUUAUUUAGCUGGGUGUUUCUUCUCUCCCAACAGAAGAUAAAGACCAGCUGAUAAAGACAAAAAAUGCCAUGCAUUUAACAGCCAAGAAACAAGGUGGAUCAUCAGGAUCAGCCGGAAAGGAGAAGAAAGACAAACAAGCAGGGGAGAAAAAUAAGAGGAAAGGCCCUUCUGUUUCCAAAGAUCAAACCCAGGAAGACAAGUUGAAAACUGUAAAGGAGAAAGAAGAGAAAAAAAGGGAAAAAAAUCCAAAGAAAAAGGCACUAGAUGAAAGAUAUUUGAAUGUCCCUGGGCAGAUGUCACAGUUGAAUAGGUCCAUAGUCAUUGUUGACAAGCUCAGGAGAGAUACUGAAGGAAAAGAGAAGGAACUUGAGAGAAAGAGGGGUGAACUUGAGAGAAGGGAGAAGGAAAUCCAAAGGAAAGAACGUGUGGUACAAGAACCAAACUUAAAAGAAAGGAGAGAACAAGAGGAAGUGCAAGGGCCCUCCAGGGGGGGGGAGGAGGAGGAUAAAGAUGACAAGGAGUAUGACGAGGAAAAUUUUGGUAAAGAAAAUUGUUUGCUUUCUACACCUUAGCAAAUUGUUGUCAGUUGAAGGGAGGUCAAUAAUUCCAAAACUGCCAAAUGAAACCAGCAUCCUUGUAAAAAUAUCUAUACAUUUUUUAAGAUGUUACUUGAGACACAAAGGUCAAUCAACCAGACUGAUCUGCAGUACUGUUUUUGCAUCAAGCAGAAAAAUGAAUGUCUGCAUAGGUUUUGAAAUAAAUUUGGUUUGUAUUUUGAGUCCUUUAGUUUGUGACAGUAACUCUAUGCAAAUAAGCCUUUAUAUGAUCCUUUCCUUGUCUUUCAGAUCUUGAUGACAAUGGCCAGGAUUUAGCUAGAGAUAUUGAUGUUGCUGAGGCAACCAGCUUCAUCACAGACUUUAGAAAAGGAAAUCCAAAGGAAAGAACAUGUGGUACAAGAAGAAGAGGAAGACUUCAGAAGAGUGAUGCCCUCAGACCAGGAAAAGUGUCAAGGGCUUUUGCUGAAAGACAUCAUGUAAGAGUAAUAUGCUUUUCUAAUUAUUAAAACAACAAAACUAUAUAUCAUCACAGAUUGAGUGAAAUUUAGGGUCCUUACAGUAGAGACUAGCAUUUAUUUCAAUUAUUUAUACACACCCCAUUGAACACCAUCUAUUCACUUUGUAUCACCCAGAAAAACAAAAGUCAUUAAAAGGGUUUUGGUGUUAUUGCAGCAAUGAACUUGCAGUCACACCAAACUGAACACUCUUUUCACAAGAUAACCAGCCAGAGAGUGCAAAGAAGUUUCCAGACCUGCCUUCUGAUAUCGUUUUAA